AUGGCUGGUGGCAUCUUCUCCCUGCUGGGGAGCUGCUCAGAGCUGGAGAAGGCCAACUGCCACCCGCUGGUGUGCCUGCUGUGCCAUGAGCCCUACCAGCACCCGUGCCUGCUCGACUGCUACCACAACUUCUGUGCCAGCUGCCUGCGGGGCCGUGCCAGCGACGGCCGCCUGUGCUGCCCACUUUGCGGGCACCCCUCGGUGGUGAGGGGAGGCACAGGGCUGCCCCCCGUGGACCGGCUCCUGCAGUUCCUGGUGGACAGCUCGGCCGACAGCGAGGAGGAGGUGCAGUGUGCCAACUGCGACCAGUGCUGUGUCAAGGCACAGCUGGACACUAUGUACUUCUGCAACACCUGCGGGCAGCCUCUCUGUGCCCCAUGCCGUGAGGACACUCAUCGUGCCAGGAUGUUUGCCCGCCAUGAGAUCGUCUCCCUCUCCAAGCGCACCAAAGACAUCCACAAGAAGUGCCCGCUGCACGAGGAGCCCUACAUCAUGUUCUCCACCGAGAAGAAGUCCAUGCUCUGCAUCAACUGCUUCAGAGACAUGCAGGGGGAGAGUCGGGCACACUGCAUCGACAUCGAGACUGCCUACAUGCAAGGCUGCCAGCGGCUGGACCAGGCAGUGAUGGCGGUGAAGGAGCUGCAGACCUCCACCCGUGAGGCCAUCGUGCUCCUGAAGGCCAUGAUUGAGGAGGUGCACAACAGUGCCAGCGAGGAGGAGGCAGCCAUCAACUCUCUCUUCAGCCACAUGCAGGAGCAGCUCUCCGAGAGGAGGAAGACACUGCUGAAAGCUGUGCAGAGCCAGCACGAGGAGAAGGAGAAGGCUUUCAAGGAGCAGCUUGCCCACCUCGCCUCCCUGCUGCCCACCCUGCAGAUCCACCUGGUGACCUGCUCAGCAUUCCUGAGCUCUGCCAACAAAGCUGAGUUCCUGGACCUGGGCUAUCAACUGAUGGAGAGGCUGCAGAGGAUUGUGAAGCUGCCACACCGCCUGCGGCCAGCACAGACCAGCAAGAUCAACAGCGAAUACCAGGCAGAGUUUGCCCGCUGCCUGGAGCCCCUGCUGACGCUCAGCCCCCGCCGCUCCCUGGGUGGCAGUGCUGGUGGCAUUGGUCCUGGCAUCGCUGGCACAAACAUGCUUCCUGGCAGCCAAUGCUCCAAGACCCUGAUGGUGCCCAGCUGUGCCCCCAGCAGCGAGAAGAUGUCCAGCGUGGACAUGGUGCAGAAGCCGACACUGCACCGACACAUCAGCACCAAGGUGCUGCUAGCAGAGGGGCAAGAGACGCCCUUCGCCCAGCACUGCCGUAGCUACGAGAGCACCUACCGGACGCUGCAGACUGAGAUCCAGGCCCUGAAGGACCAGGUGCAGGAGCUGCACCGCGACCUCACCAAGCACCACUCGCUGGUCAGGACGGAGGCCAUGGGCGAGAUCCUGCAGAGGUCGCUGCAGGUGGAUGUGCAGAUCGCUGCGCACUACUCGGCCGUGGAGAUGAUGCGCAGCGUCUUUGAGGAGGUCUGGGAGGAGACGUACCAGCGGGUGGCAAAUGAGCAGGAGAUCUAUGAAGCCCAGCUCCAUGACCUGCUGCAGCUGCGGCAGGAGAACAGCUGCCUGAGCACCAUCACCAGGCAGAUCGUGCCCUACGUCCGCUCCAUCGCCAGGGUGAAGGAGCGCCUGGAGCCUAGGUUGCAAGAGCCCAAGGAGGAGCAGGCACCAAUGCUGCUCAGGACCUGCAACAGCAGCGAGGCAGUGCCAAGGGCCAAGUCACCCAACAGUAUGGAGGGGGCUGCAGCCAGCCCUGGAGAUGGCUGCACACCUGACAGCACCCCCAGAGACCCCUCCCCAAAAGGCAAAGACUACUGCAGGGGCCAGCAGGAACGUGGAGCUGAAGACACUGCCCAGCAGGAGUCAGCACCAUAG